ACUCGGCUGCCAUCUCUGCAGAGGAACAACAGGCUCUGUGACAAAGGUUCCCCGACGCUGCCCGCGGGGACCCCAAAUGUCGAGGCAGGGAAGGAAUGGAAGAAAGCUAUGAGACAUUUGAAGAGGAGUUAGGGCCACCAAGAGCAGAUCCUCCUCCACAGAAGCCUGUUCGACAGACCCGCAGACCAGAAAUGUACGCUACCAGGAAAGUCAGAGAGGAGAUACCACAACAACCGAGAGCAGAACCCAAGACUUCACCGAGGGAGCCCAGCUUCCCCCGAACAAUUCCCUCAGCACCCUUGCAAAAAGGCUUGACCGUCCAAAAUAUGACCCCGAUGGAAACACCGUGGGAGAACGUCACUCUCAACCGCUGUCUGUUUGUGGCCAUUACCAUCCUGGUGCUGACCUCCGGCUUUCAGAGGCUUCACGAAACUCUGCGUGGUCAGGGGACAGCAGAGGAGGAGGAGGAAGUUGGACUGAUAGUGAGACGAUCAAGCACAUUACGACACAGAGGACAACCAGCAGAGCCUGAGACAUCUCUGUGGGACGUCAUGUUUUGGUGGCUGCCGGACCUCGAUGAUGAAGACGAUGAAGAGGACGACGAGGAAGACGAUAACGGAGAGGUCAAAAGAGGAAAGUCAAAAAAAGGGGCAACAGCGCAGACAUCACGUCUCAGAAACAAGCCGCUGACGGACAAAAAACUCAUGAAGCAAAGAGAGGGGAAAUUAAAAGACAGGAGAGCCAAGAAAGCCAGGCACGAAGAAAUCAAAGUGAAGAAAGAAAGAGAUAAAAAGGAGGAACCUGAAGAAGCACCAGAUGAUGAAGAUGAAGGAAAUGAAGAGGCAGAGCCUGAGAAGAACAAAAAGCCAGAGGAAAAGAAAGAAAAGAAAAAGACUCAAAAGGGAUGAGUUGAUUCCUCUGUGGAAGAUCAGAUUUCUUAACAGUUUUCACCUGAAUAGAUUAGACAACAUUAAUUCAAAUCUUUCAAAUACAUGCCAAUCAAGGUGUGCCUCCUGUUAAACGACAGGACAGUCAAUGUGUUACAGCUCUUUGUCGCUUUACUAGUAAGAUGUGAUUUGGUGUAACGGAGUCUUAAGUUAAUUUAAUGUGCUGACUGCUUUAUUUAAAUCUCCAUGUUAUCAUUUGACUCCCUUUACUGUUGAAAGAUCUACAUCUUUAAUAAACUGCUUAUAAAUCA